CUGCCGUAGAGUGUGGCGGUGAUUUUGCGUCUCUCGCCCAGGCCUGGCGGACACGUGUUUGCUUGCCCCCGUCUCUCUACCUAGCUGCGUUAUUGGCUGCUCGUGCUUGACAUUUUAUUGAAUUUAAGAAAUUAAGGUUUCCAGUGCAUCAUAUUGCGACAUAUGUCCUUCUUAACAUAGUGGUUAUUCUAAUAUUAAGGAAAUAUUACAGAUAUUUCUGGUGUCAGUGAAGAAAAUAUCUGCUCUGUUUCCGCUUGGCCUCUUUCGUCGGUCGCACAAGCGAGAGAGAGAGAGAGAGAAAUAAAAAGAAAUGAUGAUGCGGUGUGUGUGUGCGUCUGUCUCGUCCGUUUCCAUCGGUUAGAAGCGAUAUGAGUCCGGAGGUCGAGGGAAAGGAUGUGCCACCCGUCAAGUCUCCCUCUCCUCAACCUUUGACUCAGACAGGAGCCUCUGAGCUGAUUGCCCCUGUCAUCUCUGUCGAGGAGGCUUCUCUGUCCCAAGGGAUCCACAACUGUCCUGGGCGUCUAUCCCAAGGGGUUCACAGCUGUUCCGAGUGUCUGCCCCUAGGGGAUCGAAACGGCCCCGAGAGUGUCGCCCUAGGGAACCACAGUAGUCCCGAGUAUCUACCCCGAGGGAACCACGUCAGUCCCGAUUGUCUCUCCCUAGGGAAUCACAAAGGUCCCGAAGGCCCCUUCCAAGGGAACCACUGCAACCUCGGGAACCUACCCCAGGGGAAUCGCAGCAACCCCGAGAGCCUGUCCCGAGGGACCCACAACAAUUCCGAGAGCCUCUCCCAAGGGAGUCACAACCACAUCGACAGCAGCAGCAGCACCAGCAGCAACAAAGGCUCUCGAGGUCGCAGUCCCUGCCGGCCCACAGCGAGCGAUGGCUCGGCUAAUCACCAACACCACCACAACCACCACAGCAGGAGCAGACGCAGCGGCGGCGGCGGCUGCAGCGGCUGUGGCGGCAAAGUCAAGUUCUCCGAAGACAAGAAGAAGGACACCGUCGUCCUGAAGGACCAGGGAAACGGGGUGGCCAAGCACGUCCUCUCCGACAGAGCUCCCCGGGUAGCUGGUGGUGGUGGUACUGCCGCUGCGGUAGGAGCCGCCGCUGCUGCCGCGGCCCUUGUCACGGCUGCGUCUUCGUCAGGCUUGAUCCCAGACAUAGGGUCGAGCAGGCAGAGGCCGAGGGACCCCCACGCUACCCUGCGUCAGCACUACUAUCCUGAAGGCGGGUGGGGCUGGGUCAUCAUCGGGAUGGCUACGGGCAUGCACCUCCUGUGCCACGGCCUGCAGACGUCCUUUGGGGCAUUGCUGGGCAUUAUUUGCUUCAAGUUUCAGUACGGGGCUUUACUUACAGGUGAGUGA